CCAACCCUAAAUCUCUAUCAAAACAACCCUUAAAUCCAACCCUAAAUCUCUCUCAACUCUCAAGUCUAUUGCCGCCCUCCCCUCCCCCAUUUGGCCUCUUCGUCACUCGUCUGGUACAGCCGUGCCUCCCGUCGAUCGUUCCUCUGCUCCACGCUGUCAACGUCGUUCUGCGUCCGGUCGACUUCACUGCAAAGAUCUGGAUCUGCCCCUUUUGUUUCCUGCGCAAUCAUUUUCCUCCUCACUACUCCAUGAUCUCCAAGACCAAUCUCCCUGCUGAGCUCUACCCUCAAUACACGACUGUGCAAUACAUGCUUUCUAACCCUAAUGUUAAUCCCAAUAUUCCCGGGAACGCAGCUCCUGCACCAUCGGGUUCACCUGUUUUCUUGUUCGUUCUCGAUACGUGCAUGAUCGAGGAGGAGUUUGGGUUCGUAAAAUCGGCUCUCAAACGCGCGAUCGGGUUGUUGCCGGAUAACGUGCUUGUUGGGUUCGUUUCAUUUGGGACGCAGGCACAGGUUCAUGAAUUGGGAUUUUCAGAUAUGUCGAAGGUUUAUGUGUUUAGAGGCAACAAGGAGAUUUCCAAAGAUCAGAUUAUGGAGCAGUUGGGACUUGGUGUUCGGGCAGGAGAGCCCCUGUUGGAUACCCACAGAAAGGAAUGCAAAAUGGGUUUCCAAUUCUUGGCGUUACCCGCUUCUUAUUGCCCGCAUCCGAGUGCGAAUAUACCCUCAACUUUCUUUUGGAUGAGUUGCAAACGGAUCAAUGGCCGAUUGCUCCUGGGAAUCGAGCUUCAAGGUGCAUAGGAGUGGCCUUAAGCGUGGCUUCAGGAUUACUUGGAGCUUGUUUGCCUGGAACUGGCGCCAGAAUUAUAGCUUUGGUUGGUGGUCCAUGCAUAGAAGGGCCUGACACUCGUGCUAAAUGAGUUUAGAGGCAGCUGAAGCUUCCUGGUCCUACUAUAAAUGUCACCACUAA